AUGAGUUCCCUAUCACCCCGUGGCCUUUUCAACAUUAGAAGUCUCAUGAACAGAUCCUGGUCUCGGUCUCUGGCUCCCCCCACCAGUCGAGUAAUUCAAACAAAGGCUUCGCAAGGUGCCCCAGGCGAUGAGCCAGCUAAAACCAAUCUUGACCUUCACAAACUCGCCCGCUUCGAGAAAACUAGCUAUUUUGAAUCGCGUAACGCAAGCAGCACUAUGGAAUCUGAGAUCAACACCAAUCCUAUCUCUGAAAUCGCGGCGCCUGCUCACUCAAAUUUCUCUUCAACUGGAGCAGCUUAUAAUAUGAUGCAUCGGAACAAGAAUUUGACGCCCGAACGUUCGUCUUCUGCUGACGAUGUGGAAAAUAUCCGGCAGAGUAUGCGUCUGGCGGGGCAAAUAGCUCGUCGAUGGAAGGCUGGAGACGUUUAUGCUCCUCAUGACCUACAUCAGGCAGAGCAAGUUAAGUUCAGGCAAAGAGUUGACGCGAGCACUGAUAUCUUUGAUGCUCUGGACAUGAACCCACUUGAACAUUACCGGAACUUUUCUUUAAUGUCUGAAUGGAUGACCCCCAUGGGCCGAAUUAAAUCGCGUAAAGAAACGGGGCUUCGUCCUGUCAAUCAACGACGAAUUGCGAAAGCAAUUAGACGGAGUAUUGGGAUAGGCAUGAUGCCAAGUGUGCAUCGUCACCCAGAGAUCAUGUACAAAGAACGAGUCAAGCGUGAAAGCGAGAAGAAAUACAGAUAG